AUGUUGUCGCCUCUGUUCGUCUUUGUCGUCGCGGCGUUGACUGUUGGCUGCUUCGCCGCUGACCAGGACAUCAUCACCAUCCUCAACCAACAAUCAGGGAUUUCGACUUUCACCAGUCUCCUGAAAGGCUUUCCAAGCCUGAUUGAAACGUUAAAUGGAGGAACAUUCAGCGUUCUGGCGCCGAAUGACGAAGCAAUAGCGACCUUCUCUAACGCAAAUCCGGAUCUGGUCGAGCAAGAAGAUGUUCUCCUCGCACUAUUGCAAUAUCAUUGCGUCAAGGGUACUCAUCCUUCGGCUGGGUUUGGAUUGCAGCCUUUAUUCGCGCCAACCCUGCUCACUAACGCAACGUAUGCCAACGUGACCGGAGGACAAGUGGUGGAUAUCACGUCGCAAAAUGGGAAGCCGACCGUUCUGUCGGGCAUUAAGGCCAAGACAGAGCUGGUCGAGGCUGACAUAUUCUACAUUGGUGGACUCAUCCACAUCGUCGACUCGGUCCUGACAAUCCCGAUCUCUCUUCCCGCGACGAUCACAAAGGCCGGUUUGACUAAUCUCAUCGCCCUCUUGAACAAGGGAGGCUACUUGACCCCCAACUCGCCUGCUGCCUCUAUUGUCAAUACUCUGUCUGACCUGACGGUGUGGGGACCGAAUGACCCGCGAUACGGCGCCUCCUACACCGGUUGGGACGGUCUCUCCGACACAGACAAACUCUCCAUAUUCGAAUAUAGCAUUGUUGAGGGACAGGUCAUCUAUUCAUCCGAUUUCAAGAACAACUCGCAGUUCCAAACUUUGGAUAAACUACCCCUGACGAUGACGAACAUAAGCGGAGGCUACUUUGUCGACACCUCUCAGAUCACUACGACCGACUACCUCGUUUCGAACGGCGUUUUGCAGAUUCUCGACAGCCCAUUGAACCCCAACACUACUGGUCAGCGGCCCGCGUCUCUACCGUCCGUGUCCAGCGGCGGGUCCAAGGGCCUGAGUGCCGCUGCGGGCGCAGGUAUCGGGAUUGCCAUCGGGGCUCUAGUUCUCGGAGGGGCCCUGGCCAUCGCACUCUACCUGCGCACAAAGCGUCGUCGACAGGGCCAGAUGAUGGGCGGUCGCAGAAGACUCAACGGCGAAUCUCAGGAACGCGUAUAUCGUGCCCAGUCGGGAGACCCGAGAGGGCCCCCGCCUACAUAUGAGCUGGACACGAAGUCGACGGCGGAGAGAGGACAUGGCCCUGGCGGCGGCCGCGGCGGUGGCGGUGGUACGACGACGCACGUCUUCGAAGUUCACCAUCCACCUAAGCCGCCUUCUCCGCUCGAGAUUGACGGCACAGAAAGAAGCAGGAUCAGUAUAACCAUCCAGGGAAGCCCUCCGAGGCAUUUGGGUUUCCAAGCGCGGUAUUGA